AUGGGUAAAGUUCACGGAUCUCUUGCCCGUGCUGGCAAAGUCAAGUCUCAAACUCCCAAGGUUGAAAAGCAAGAAAAGAAGAAGACUCCCAAGGGCCGUGCGAAAAAGAGAAUUACCUACACCAGACGGUUUGUCAACGUGACGAUGACGGGUGGCAAGAGAAAGGUAUGGAGGCUAUGGACACCACAACAAGGGUUGCGUGGGGAAAAUGAGAUGCUGAUGCUUGAUUUCUACAGAUGA